AUGUUGAGGACCGCAAAGCUGGUCGCGGAAGCCGACUUGUCGCUUCCAACCGACUCCUACAUAUACUCUCUGAGGCCAACAAACACGGCCCUUGCAGCCCUGUCGUCUGACGACUCGAUCCGCAUCUUUGACCCCAAGACUCUGCAGCUGCUUCCUGGCGGCGUCAUAAGCCGUGUCCACGAGAGCGUUACCUGUCUGGAGCCGUACAGUGAGGACGGCAAUGUCCUGGCCACCGCCGGCCGAGAUGGCUUGGUCAAGUGCUGGGACCGCCGCACCAAGAAAGCCGUCAUGGAGUUCCGAGUCCCGAAACCACAAGGUCUGUCCGCCCUUGAAGUGAGCUCCGCCCACCAUGCCAUCAUUGCCGGCACUGAGCUCGAAGACCGUGGACCGGGCGACUCCUACAUCUACGCCUGGGACGCGCGCAAUGCCUCGACGCCACGCCUUACCCUUGCCGAGAGCCACACGGAUUCCAUCACCGAGCUCUCGCUGCACCCGGCCAACCCAUCCACCCUCCUCUCAGCCAGCACAGACGGCCUAGUCAGCAUCUUUGACUUGACGCAGACUGACGAGGACGACGCCCUGCGCCAGGUCAUCAACCACCAUUCCGCUGUGCACCAUGCCGGUUUCGCAUCCCCGACCGAUGUCUACGUCUUCGGCACCGACGAGACCCUGGCAUUCUACCAGUACCAGGACUCGGAUGACCCGAGCCCAGAGCUGAACCCCGUCAAGAUCGGGGAUGUGCGGGAGAAGCUGACUUGCGAGUACGUCGUCAACGUCUAUCGGAGCGGGGGUGCGAGCGUCGUUGUUGCUGGGAACCACAGCGAGCAACGAUUGGACCUCCUCCCUCUCCACGGCCCGCCGGAAGGGAAGCCGCUCGCCUACUCGUGCUCGCUGGAGGAUUGCGUUCGUCUCUCGGGCGCUCACGGCGAAGAGAUCGUUCGCGACAUCUUCAUAGACUCGCAGUCAUCGACGAUAUUCACCUGCGGCGAGGACGGCAAAGUCCGCUCGUGGAGUGCUCAGGGCUUUGGCGGCCAGCAGCAUGGCGAAACCGAAGUGGCGGAUGAUAAGAAGUCCAGCAAAGAAAAGAAGCACAAGAAGAAGGACAAGGAAAAGGGCAAGGAUAGAUACAAGCCCUACUAA